GUUAUCAUUCUGAUGAUGGAAACAAAUUUCACAAUAACGGCUUUGGAGGUCGAAGGUAUGCCGAAGUAUGGGGUAAAGUUGGAGAUACUAUAGGUUGUGGCUAUUAUCCUGAUUCUGGCAUUGUUUUCUUUACCAAGAAUGGCAAAUUUCUAGGUAAUGCAUUUACUGGGUUGAAACAUAUCUGGUUCCCAACUGUUGGAGCAGAUGGUGAAUGCAAAGUUGAAGUCAAUUUUGGUGGCGGUGAACGUAAUUUCCAAUACAAAAAAGCUAGAGAAACGAGUGUUGCUGGUCCCAUUUUUAUGUAUUCUAACACACAUUUGAGAUCAAAUGAUGAACUAAGUGAAAAACAGUCGUUACAAGAUAUUAAUCGUAAAGAAAACUAA